CUCUUAUCCUGAUCCAUCAUCGCGGCUGAACAAAGAGUGCAGUAGCCUUGUAAUCAAACUUACCUUCGAGUAAUCGGUCUGACAGUUGGACGCGGACAACAUCGACCUUCUCAUGUGAGCAAUUAUGGGACGAAAGCGUAGUCGCCAACUAUAUGAAGUCGAAUGUAUCACGAGAGCGACAUACAGACGAGCAGCCAAACAGUGGAACUAUGAAGUGAAAUGGAAGGGAUACCCAGACAGCGCGAAUACGCUAGAGACAGAACGGAGUUUCAAGACCUGCGAGGCCCUGCUCGAACGGUUCUGGGUAGAGAUAGGGUCGGACUUACGCCACGAACCAUUCAAGCCGGGCACAAAGGUCUACAAGGACGGAAUCGUAGGCAGGACCGGCAACGGAACGGUCACUCCGAGCCCCCAAUGGAUUGAAGCAGAGCUGCAACGAUUCCGCGAAACGUACGAAAUGCUUCAACCGACUGUUGUGCCGAAGACAUAUCCAAUGACUGAGAUGGCCUCGACAUCGCUUGAUUUGGAGGAUGCGCAAGAGCGAAGCGACCCGCCGCCGCCUCCCACGACAAAGAGACGACGGGUGGACCCUACGGCAUCGUGCAGCUCGAAUAACGACUUCCUGUCGCCUGUGUCUGAGAGACAUCCCGUCGAACAUGCACUCGUAGAACCGCAAUCUAAUCCUUCGUUCCCGUUAAGUGGUUCAAACCAACCGAUGGAUCCUCUUGCGGACCACGACAGAGAAUGGGUCGUCGGGAUGGACUCGGGGACCGAUGAGGACACCGCCGUUCCUUAUGUUGAACGAGCGCCCUCUCAGAUCCCUGCUGACGAUGAUGCGGGCGACGGAAUGGCGCAAGAACAAUCGCUGACUUCGCGCCAAUCCCCUCUCUUCACGCCUGGGCCCGAAGAACGCACGACCAGUCCGCCGGGCACGCGGAGUCCUGUCGGCCGUGUGCACACGCCCAGCGCCCUCGACCGAACAGUGGAGCCCCUUCAGGCGUCGCCGAUUGCUGUCCGUGGUUCGAUACAGUUCCUCCCGCUCGCCGGCACGUAUUCGAGUGUCAAUGGCGCGCGCAACAAGGUCGCGCAGCGAUGCGGACUGUCCAUAAGGCCUGCACGACACAACUCUACGCGAGAGGCUCCUGCUGAGGCGCCGGUCCCCGAAGAAGUCUCAACCAUCUCAGACCGCAACGUCGACGUCCGCGGCAGUUCCUCGAAUAUUCUUGUGGACGAUGCAAGCGCCAGGUUCUCCGACGGUCCUGACAGAGGUGCCCAAGUCAAGGACACAGCGCAAGACUUCGCUGGUACUACGGAUUGGGGAUCGGCGUCGACUUCUGGUUGGUCUGACCAAUCCACGCUUUGGCAACCUGCCCCAAGUACAUCGAGCGCUCAUCCUGGACCUAAAGUGACGCAAGAACAUGCGAUUCUCAUUGGAUCUCUAGACCUACCUUCUCUCGACCCUCUCUCGGUCGGCGGCCACGAUGACAUCGACUGCCAGGGCGAGCUCGCCUACCCGGACGACUUCCAUGAAGGCUCCGAGGGCAAUUCCGUGGCUGGAUUUUCGCCCGCCAUAGGUCCUGGCGCGCUGAAAGGUGGCUGGGAAGUACACCACCAGACGCCCCCCAUCCAGAGCAUUGAGUCGCUGCCUGCGGCACGGCCCAUUCCAAAUGCCCCGAAGACGUCCACCAACGUAUGGCGAGGGUCCCUGAGCAUCAAGGUCGGAAAGUUCGCCAUCGCCCUGGCCGACAUCGUCUGCACCAUCGCCACCUCCGCCCCCGAAUUGAAUUUUGACCUCGCCGACCAGCUCAGCGCGCGUCCGACCCUGCUGCAGCUUGACAAGUUCCAUACCUCAAGCGAGACCAGUCAUUUGUUCGCCCUCGCGGGCCCGGUAGCACAACGGGCUACGAUAUCACCAGCGAGAACAGAGGAGGAGAGCGGUUUGCAACUGUUCACAGAUUUUCUACGCUCGACGUCGCAAGCAGUCGUGCUGCCGUACGUCGGGCAGGAGGGCGAGUGGACCGGUCAUAUCAUCGUCUAUCCAACCAGUCGUAAAGUCGUUGGCACGAGCUUCGGGCCACCCGCGGAUGGAUCUAAGCAUGGGCCCCUGGCUGUCAAGGUCGUGCCGCUAGGAGGCGUUCUGGCGGGGACGCCAAUGGUGCUGUCGACGAAGGGCAAUGUUUCGGGGACAGACGAAAUCAAGCCUCCGCCUCGCGAUAAGCGCUCGUUCGUCGCCUACGCUGCUAACCUCUUGGGUUUCGACAACGAUCUCUUGACUCUACUCCGCAACGCGGGGAAUGGACCUCGAUAUCACUUGGUUGAUGCACCGGCGGUGUUGCAGACUCAUUGUCUUCAGCCGUCUGGCCUCAUCCGUUUCGUCCUUGACUGUUUCGGUGCGGUAGAGACUCGGGCGCAAGCUGCGCGGCUGGUCUUCGUCCCGCGCCACCUACCUUCGCGCCAAGAUCAUCUACCAGCCGGACUUCCCGCGAUGCUGAGGAAGCCCGAAGUGCGCAUUUACGCUUAUGAGGCGUCGACGCGACGGUGCAAAGACGUAGCGCUCCAGGAGAUCUUCAUCAUUGGAGGCAUCUUGACUACCACACCUAUGGCUCUCGUCUGUGACCUUGCGUCCUCCGCCAAGCGAUUGGAACAGGCGGCGGAACAUCCGCUCUGGUCAUCAUACGUCCUGCCCUUCGUCCUCGGCAUGGCGCUCACGUUGUACUACAACGGUAAGGACCCGCUGGUCGUGUACAAGUCUAAUCCGCAGGCUUGCGUGUUUAGGCUCCUUCUGGAGGCCAUCGUCGACAGAAGAUGCCACUUCGUCGCGCCGCCAGCAACACCGCUCAACGCUCCGUUAGGCCUCGCAUUUCCGCAUAGCGCUGAGCAUGUCAUCCAAAUCGCCCUGCAAGACUUCCGAUCCACGUUUGUCGGCAUUUCCAAGGAACACUGGGAGACGAAGGCGAAGGCGCUUCUCGUCCAAGAUGUGAAUUCAUGGCGGACCGAUUCCGAACAUGUGCGUAUCAGGCAUGCUUGUGUCCUCGUACAUCCACGGGAUCCUGCAUUGUCCGACAACGCUCAUACGAAGAUCGAAUGGCUACCACCCUCUGGCGAAUUUGUUUGGGAUGGGUUCUUCGACGACGACGGAACUUUGUAAUGUGCUGCGUAUCUCUUGAUUUUGGAGCUCGACUGUACUUCUACAUUUCUGACAAACACCUGAAUGCACAUAGCGUUUCCCAGCGCCUCAGCGCGUC